AUGGGCUUAUCCUUCUCCGUGCCCUUGUGGAAUUGGUUUGCUGCAGCCGGAUCCAUUAGCCUCGGUGAAAAGAAGGCCAAUAGGAUCUUGAGAUCACUCAGUUUCGGAAGGAGCAAUUCGUCGAACAGGAUGGUCUCUGGUGCGUGCGAUGACGCCGUGACGGAGAGAUCAUUAAGCUUCAGGAACUGGGAACCUGAGACACCAAAGCUCGACGCAUCCGUUCCCAUCGGAGAACAAGCCGCAGAUGAUGAUGAUGUUACGUUGCAGCCAUCUUGUCUCAAGGUGCCGAUGAACUUUGCGGUGCCCCAUGUGAAGCUCCCGCAACAGCUCGUCGAGCUCUCUUCCCCUCGGCCUUCGAGCGAGCUUGACGCUGCAGCAACCAAGCUGCAGAAGGUCUACAAGAGCUACCGAACCAGAAGAAACCUAGCAGAUUGUGCGGUGGUGGUGGAGGAACUCUGGUGGAAGGCACUGGAUUUCGCAUCUCUCAAGCGUAGUUCCAUCUUGUUCUUCGACGUCGAGAAGCCAGAACCUGCAGUCUCUAAAUGGGCAAGAGCGAAAAGAAGAGCAGCCAGGGUCGGUAAGGGCCUCUCCAAAGAUGAAAAGGCUCAGAAGCUAGCACUGCAACAUUGGUUAGAAGCCAUUGAUCCCCGGCAUCGCUAUGGGCACAACUUGCAUUUGUAUUAUGAUGUCUGGUCUGGAAGUGAAAGCACACAACCAUUUUUCUACUGGUUGGACGUCGGAGACGGAAGAGAAGUAAAUCUGGAGAGGUGCCCAAGAAGCAAGCUUCAAAAGCAGUGCAUCAGCUAUCUUGGUCCGAAAGAGAGGGAAGCAUACGAAGUCAUCGUGGAGAAUGGGAAGCUCGUCUACAAACAAAGUGGAAUGCCGGUGAACACCACUGAAGGUUGCAAGUGGAUCUUUGUGCUCAGCACAUCAAGAGCACUGUAUGUGGGGAAGAAGAACAAAGGCACAUUCCAACACUCGAGCUUUUUAGCUGGGGGAGCUACGACAGCUGCAGGAAGGCUGGUCGCCAAAGAAGGCAGAAUCGAGGCUAUAUGGCCGUACAGCGGACACUACCUCCCGACAGAAGAUAAUUUUAGGGAGUUCAUUAGUUUCCUUGGGGACAACCAUGUAGACCUCACCAAUGUCAAGAAGUGCUCCGUCGAUGACGAUGAGUUCCCUGCACACAAGAAGGAUGACGAUGUUGAGGUCGCAGUCGAAGCGGUUGUUGCUGCGGUGGAGGAGAAGGCUAAGAGCGAAGACGAAAUCGAGAACGAAGAACCUAAGGAACCAAAGGAGCAAAGCGACGCAAGCAGGGAGAAGGCAGCAAUGGCGUUCGACCUCGGGAGGCGGCUGUCGUGCAGAUGGACCACCGGCGCGGGGGCUCGCAUCGGCUGCGUCCGGGACUACCCGGCGGAUCUCCAAUCCAAGGCGCUCGAGCAAGUGAACCUGUCGCCCAGGGUGGUCGCUUCGCCCGCUGCGAACAAGGUCCCGGUCCCGAUUCCGUCGCCGCGACCGAGCCCCAGGCUCAGGCUGUCCCCCAGGCUUCAGUACAUGGGCAUUCCCACCCCGCCCAUAGUCUCGCUGACUCUUCCCAAACCCUAGAGGUGAGGUGAUUGCUUGGUGGCCCACGUAAACUGGUCCAAGAAUAAGAACCCCUUAGGAAGCAGAAUUGAAUUGAAUUCUUUUGUUAGUUAUUGUUGGCGAAGGUGAAGCAGAGUUGGUUAUUGAAUUCUUUUGCAUUACCAUCAAAGGAAGUUGUCCGUGCAGGAAUCUGACGUACAACAUUAUUUGUUCCUGUAAAUUUCAAUGCAAAUGGAUUACAAAGAAUUCUUUUAGCAUUGGAAAAUUGAGUUCUUUUUUUUUUGUUUGCGGCUGGAAAGACCGAGUUUGGUCUCCAUCUCCCUGCUUGAGACAGACUAUUUGAGAGAAAUAAAGAUAACAUUUUGAGAUGAGGAA